UUGUGUGUCAUUCUCCAGUUUCUGCUUCUGUUUAGAGGUUCAAGGAUACAAAGAUAAAAUGCGCUUGAUUACCCAAAGCUGGGUCCUGUUUUUGUGGAUGUAUCUGCUGGCGCUUGUGAAAAGUCAAAAAUGUACACGUGAACAGUUUUUUAGUGGCGACUUGUUUGAUUCCAAUUUUGACACAACUGGUCUGGAGGCCAUCUACCCUAAUGGAAAACAAGUGAGAGUGGGCUGCAAUGUUGGCUACAGGGGAUUUUUCAAGUUGAUAUGUAAGGAAGGACAAUGGGAUUCAAGAGGCAAGCCAUGUGAACCGAGAACAUGUGGCCAUCCCGGUGAUGCCCAGUUUGCAGAUUUUCAUCUGGAAAAUGGAGACGAUUUUGUCUUUGGGUCACAAGUUGUUUUCACCUGCCAUAAAGGUUAUCAAAUGGUCAGUCGCAAAAGCUACCGGCGUUGCAUGGCUGACGGCUGGGAUGGUGUGGUUCCGGUCUGUGAAGCACAACAGUGCCCAGUGAUUAAUGUGGAUAACAAUGUCCAGGUGAUUGGGGACCCAGAUGAAUCCACCUAUGGCAAUGUAGUUCGAUUCACCUGCAAGUCCAGCACUGAAAUCCUGUAUGGGUCAGCAGAAAUGUAUUGUGAUGAAAAUGGAGAGUGGCGUGGCAACGUUCCUAAAUGCAAAGAGGUAAAAUGUACAGUACCCAUUAUUGAACAUGGUUUUGUGCGUGGAAAGAUUCAAGAGUACAAAGAACACGAAAUCCUGCCCUUUGGGUGUGAUGCUAGAUAUAAAAGCAUUGACGUACGAUCUUCAAAAUGCACCAAACGAGGAAUAACAGCAGAAUGGAGCCCUACCCCUGCAUGUGAAUCAAUAGUAUGUAGACUGCCACCGCCACUGGAGGGAACCAAUUAUGAACCGACUUCCAAUAAUGUGUUUAUACCUGGUGACACAGUGAGAGUCAUUUGUGGAAAUAAGCACUGGAUUUCUAACCUUUGGGACACCUCAGCUGAAGCUACAUGCAAAGAGAUUGGAGACUGGACUUUACGACCAGUAUGCCAAGAGGUUACAUGCAGCAAUCGAAGACCGCCACAUGUGAAUUACUGGACUGUCAAAUGGGGUCAACAAAUAAAAAUGGAUGAUACUGUAACAUAUUCAUGUCAGUGGGGCUACAAGAAGACAGAUGGUGCCACCAAUGCCUCGUGCACCAGAAAUGGAUGGGUACCAAAUAUAUUUUGUCAAGAGAUAACAUGCAACCGUCAAGAUUUCCAGAAUGCAAACAUUGUUCAAAGAAAUAAUCGGAACAUAUACAAGAAAAAUGAACGGGUCAAUUAUAUCUGCAAGAAUGGUUAUGAGGGACGUUUUACCCUAACCUGUGGGGAAAAAGGUUGGACCAGGAAUGAACAAUGUAGGAAAUUGUGUAAACCACUUCACAUUGACAAUGCACAAAUUACCCACAAUGAAAAGAACAUUUACAGGCUCGAUGAACAUGUUCGGUAUACAUGCAGGAACGAUGCCCAAAGAGAUUUUAUUGUUACCUGUGAGGAAAGAGGGUGGACUGGGAUAAAGAACUGUUCAGAAUGUCAAACCGCUGACGAACCACAUGGAAUUGUAGCUGGUCCAUACAAUGACACACUGUACUACAGCUGCAAAAUAGGUUACAAACUUUCUACCAAAGGCUGGUGGGUUGAGGCCAAAUGUACUGAUGGCGUGUGGUCUGGAUUUAAAGGUUGCAUCGCUAAUACGAUGUGUGGAAACGUUCCUGAGAUUCCUAAUGGAAGAGUGACACCAUGUGAGAAAUCUAAAGAUGCCCAGAUUACUUGUGAAGAUGGAUACCACGCACAGGUUACCAGUUUAACCUGUCACGAUGGAAAAUGGCUUUCAGAGGGAGUCUCCCCCGAAACAUUCUGUAAACUAACUGCCGUUUCUUGCAACCCCCCACGAAAAGUUGACAAUGCUUUAAUUGUGGAUUCAUAUCAGAAGGAAUACUUGUCUGACUCCACAGUAACAUAUCAGUGCCGUGAUAAGUAUAUUAUAUUGGAUCAUGAAGAUACAAUUCAGUGCAAAGAGGGCCAAUGGGAGGAGAAAAACAUUAUGUGCACACCAUACUGUGACAAGCUCAAAGAUGAGUCAAUUAACUUCACCGCAGACAAAGAAAGAUAUAUGGAUGGGGAUGUCAUUGAGUAUCAAUGUGUCUUAUAUGGAAUUGAAGGCAAUGCAACAUGUAACAAUACUGAGUGGAAUAAAUCAGAAGACUGUAAAGGUUGUGAACAACUUCAGAUUGACAAUGCACACAUUACCCACAAUGCAAAGGAAACUUACGGGAUCAAUGAACAGGUUCAGUAUGCAUGCAGGAACGAUGCCAAAGGAGUUUUUAAUGUUACCUGUGAGAAAACAGGCUGGGCUGGGAUGGUUCACUGUCCAGGUAAGAACACAAAUGUAGUUUGA